CAGAACAACUUUUGUGGAGGAGAGAAAGCGAUAUGACAAACACACACAGAGAUAUACAUCUUCAAUAGUUAAGAGUUUUCCAUAUACAGAAGAAGUCUGCGUGAUAGAGAGACAUCAGAUACAAAAGCAAAAGAAAUGCAACAGCACCUGAUGCAGAUGCAGCCCAUGAUGGCUGGUUACUACCCCAACAAUGUCACCUCUGAUCAUAUUCAGCAGUACUUGGACGAGAACAAAUCGUUGAUUCUGAAGAUAGUUGAAUCUCAAAACUCUGGAAAGCUCAGCGAGUGUGCCGAGAACCAGGCAAAGCUUCAACGCAACUUAAUGUACUUAGCUGCAAUUGCAGAUUCUCAGCCUCAACCUCCAAGCAUGCAUAGCCAGCAGUAUGGAUCUGCUGGUGGUGGGUUGGUUGAGGGAGAAGGAGGGUCCCACUAUUUGCAACAGCAACAAGCAACUCAACAGCAGCAGAUGACUCAGCAGUCUCUAAUGGCGGCUCGAUCUUCAAUGUUGUAUGCUCAGCAGCAGCAGCAACAGCCUUAUACAACAUUUCAGCAAUCGCAAUUGCACCACAGCCAGCUCGGGAUGAGCUCAAGCAGUGGAGGAGGAAGCAGCGGUCUCCAUAUCCUUCAGGGAGAGGCUGGUGGGUUUCAUGAGUUUGGUCGUGGGAAGCUGGAAAUGGGAAGUGGUGAAGGUAGAGGAGGAAGCUCAGGGGAUGGUGGAGAAACCCUUUACUUGAAGUCAUCAGAUGAUGGGAACUGAAAGAGUGUGGCACAAGGAAUUGGAAUGAUGAAGUAGCAGCAGCAGAAGUAGUAACAGUAAGAGAGUUUGAAGUUUGUUAAGUUGCUUGCUGAAGAAGCAAAGAAGUCAUAUUUACCCUUUUGUGUUUUUUUUUUCUCUAUGUUUGUGCCCUAAAAAAGUGAACUCUUUCGUGGUAGUGUACCAUGUAAAUCUGCUCGCUCUAAAGUUGUCUCGUAAUCUUAGUAUGUUAUUUCUUAAGAAAGAAUCCUGAGUCGAGUCUUUUUGCUUUAAAGUCUCAGAAGCUUUUAAG